AUGUCUGAAUCAGCAAAGCCCAAAUCAACUCUUCAAAUUUCGAGUAAACCCUUCUUAUUAGAGGAUACUGCUCCAAGUGCAGUGGACACUGAAAGCAGAGAUGAUGCAACUGGUGACUUUGAAGAGUUCGAUAUCCCCAGCAGUGAUGAGGAUGUUGAUGAAGACAGAAACAAACAGGACGAAGAUAACAAAGAACAAGAUACUAUUCAGCUUUUGAGUGGAAUUAACUCUCCCAUUAUUAGGAUUGAAAGUUACAAUCCAAUUCAUUGGUCCUGGGUCAUCUCCACAGAACAAUGGCAUUUGCAUGGGACAUUGCUUUUGUGCAAUGCCUAA